AUGAGGUGGGAUAUUUCAGCUGAACAUGGAGUCCAGAACUUAAAUGCCAUAGAGAAGCUUGAAUAUUCCAUUCGACUGAUGGGUCGUGCUCUCUGUACACACUCGGCUGCUUUGGCCUCGGCUCGUCAACUGGCCACCACUUAUGGAAAAAUGAAGACCGAGCAUGAUGUUUGCGAGGGGGUGAUUCAAUCCUUGAAGGGUGAUGGCGAGGAGAAUAAAAGACUGAAGGAGAGGAUUGCGUUUCUAGCAGGAGAGGUCGAGUGCGACCGCUUGAACAUCCCCGCCGCUUUAAGAACUGGCGAGCUCUCACUCGACGAAGAUGAGGUCACGUUCGACAUCAACAGAGGGGCGUCCGUACUUUCAAAAUCAGUUAUGGAUCUCCAGGCAGAGAGCCCAUCCCCGCUCAAGGAGGUUUAUUCCGGUUUCGUUCAUGAACUUAUGUUUUGUUGCCGGGGUGCUUUGGUGUUCGGGUAUGAGUUCAUUUUGAGGGCUUCUACAAUUUCGUUGAACAGCUCUGGUGUUCGGGUGCGAGUUCAUUUUGAGAACUUCUACGAUUUUGCCGAACAGCUCUGGUGUUCGGGCAUGAGUUUAACAGUUCGUUGA